AUGAAUUUUGUUACCUUUGAGAAGGUGUACAGCUUGUAUCCAAAUGCUACCUUUGGACAUCAAGUCUCUCUGUUGCAACCUUCUGCCGACCUCAAGCACGCGCAAAAAUUUCUUGCAAAAUAUCAUUCCCGUGGCUUGAAAUUUGUUCUUUCCAUUCCAUUGCAAACUUUGAAAAUGGACCGCCAUAUCCAAAGCAGGAUACAGUCUAUCAGGGACAACGUAAAUGUUGGAGUUGUUCUCUCCUGGGAUUAG